CUGUCACCGCCGCGUCCAGCUCCUAGUUUCUCUUCCCGUGACUCCAAAUGUGACUUUAUUUCGGUGACAUCAUCAUAGGAGUCAGCUCGAGCAAUGGGCUUAGUCCAAGGCUCGUUUUUGUCCCACGGGAAGGCUACUAGCGGCUACCACGUCCACGGGAUACAAGAUGGCUCCCCUGCUUUCAAGGCUGGUUUGGAGCCAUUUUUUGACUUCAUCGUCUCCAUUGGAAACACAAGACUUUGUAAAGAAGGUGACUUAUUGAAAGACCUGCUGAAGGCCAACGCGGAGAAGGCCGUGAAGCUCCAAGUGUACAACACCAAGACGCAGCGGGUGAGGGAGCUGGAGGUGACGCCAGGCAACAUGUGGGGGGGGCAGGGCCUCCUGGGGGCUAGUGUCCGCUUCUGCAGCUUUGAGGGGGCCGCUGAAAAUGUCUGGCACGUCCUGAAUGUCGAGGUCAACUCCCCCGCAGCCUCCGCUGGCCUCGUCGCGCACGUCGACUUCAUCGUGGGAGCUGACCAGCUGUUGCAGAGUACGGAUGACUUCUUUUCUUUAAUUGAAGCCAACGAGGGCAAACGGCUCAAGCUGCUAGUGUACAACACGAAGAGUGAGCGGUGCAGAGAAGUGGUGGUGAUGCCAAAUGGAGCUUGGGGAGGGGAAGGAAGCUUAGGCUGUGGUAUCGGCUACGGCUAUUUGCACCGUAUUCCGACCCGUCCACCUCCAGCCAGCGUCUCGCCAUCUGAAGUGGAUGACAACGAGGUGCCUUUGCCGAGUGGAGAUAAGCUUUCUGAGCAGCAGCAUCACUGUGGAACUGCGCAAUCAGCAGACUGUGAUUUCUUCUCCAUCCCCCAAAGAUGUCCUGAAUUGGACUCGGAGCGCCAAAUGACUGAGCAGGCCCAAGUUGUAGAGCCGAAUGAGGAACACUGUCACUGUCACGGUCCUGUGGUUGCCACAGAAACGCUACCUGCCAUAGAGGUGGGACUCACUGAGCCUAUCUUCAACUCUUGAUGCUAUGAUGUGCCUAGAAUAAUUGGCAUAGCCACACUAGAAUAGCAAAAAAAAAAAAAAAAAAAAAGGUUGUCACUGGAGCUUCUUUGUUGCUACAUAUGCUAAUUUGCACAUUUUACCUCCAAAGACUUAAGUUCUUUUAAGUUCAGUGAGAGCACUCACUACACUGUCUGCAAUCUCAGGCAUUUAAGGUAUCGCCUAUUUGCCUUUUUCCAACCUGGUUACUUGCAUACACAUAGCGAGGGAUCUUGUGUUUGUUAAGGUUUUAAUCAGAGGAUUAUGUCAUUGAUAUUAACAACGGGUGCCAGAUUAUUUAUUAAACCUCCUGUUACCUGUUAAUUUUAACCCUAAAAAUGUUAAAUGUGUUUGCAUUAAGGUGUGUCUUUGUGCAUGAGUGUAUAUUUGCAACACAAAAAGCUAUAAAUGAGACAUUUCCGCUACCACUUUCAGCCCCUUUUCACUGCCAGGUCAUUUAAUAAAGCAUGUAACUCAACUCAA